AUGAAAUCCACGAUGAGGACUCAAAGAAGGCCGUCUCUUCUCUUUGAAGCCGAUGAAGAACCUACGGGAGCAAGGAAAUUUCGUUCACCGAGCGGGACUGUAGAAAACUCACUGGAUAACACAGAUAUGGUAGCGUUAACUACUUCUUUCGACAAGCAGAUUUCAGACGGUCAUCCAAUGUACUUCGAGCCCAGUGCAAUCUCCGACGGAAGAGACCUAUCGGGCUCUGCAGGUAAUGUGGAGUACUGUACGAAAGUGAAUAUUGAGGGGAAGAAGGGAUUUGAAUUUAUGAAGCACCUGAGAACCAGGUACCUGAAAGCGUCUGCUCAGGAUGCAUCGUCUAAUCUGAAAAAUGACUCAAAUCAUUGGUUUCUGUAUCCAAAGCCACUGCCCAAAUUCUGGAAAUUCGAAAAUGACAAACGGCUCCAGGAGAAGUCCGACGACAAUGAUAUGCAAGGCUAUUUUGGUACGCGCGCUACGGACGAGCAUUCAUCCUCCGAUGACAGGAUCAAAUUACAUUACACAGGUCAGUUUUUCAAACUUUCUCAUUAUGCUACUGAACUGGAAAAGUUCAGAGUGACGCGAGGUUACUCUCCAGAGGCAACCGAUUACGAAGCUGUACUGGCAGAAAUUCCCCCAAUCUCUCACUUUGGCCAACAUUUCGAAAAAUGUCUAGAUUUCCUCACAACAGAAGAAUUGGAUCGACAGGCAGUGAAACGAACCGAGUAUUUGUUACACAGGUACGACCUCUUCCAACAGCUACAAGGGCGCUCGGAAGUCCGUGAGAGCAGACUGGUUCCCCAUCGGGACUUUUAUAACAUUCGCAAAGUCGACCAGAACUACCUGCUUAGCGGUUGCCUCUCUCAGCGGCAGCUAAACGAUUUCAUCUGGGAAAAGUUGAACCUAGAACCAACUAGAGUUGUUUACGUCAACUCAAAUGGAUCACAUUUCACUUUGCGUCAGAUUUUCUGCCAUGGGGCGGAUGCUACACGCAACGAAGACGCAUCCAUCGGGCUCAAAGCCGUCGAUGACCUGUUUCUGGACUGGUACCGGACUGUUUAUCUUUCCGGGACCCAUGUAACUGGUGCUGACCCGGAGCCACCUAGUCCCAAGUAUCUGGCCAUAGCUCGCACUUUUUUAGAGUUUGACAACAUUAUUGGCGGCGAAUAUUUCGCAGAAAUUGUAAUCAGGUAUGUGAUUCAGUCUUUCGAAAAGAGCAAGUAUCAAAUAGCUCAACUUUCGGUUGAUUUCGAAUUUGGCGGUGAUUGGUGGGCAAAGUUUAUUGAGUGGGUAACAAGAUGGAAUCUUAUCUCUUAUAACAUCCGCUGGAACAUCAGAUUUAGCAGGUGUUAUACCAAGCUCUAUGCGGCCAAAAAAGUACAAAGUUUUCAAGACUAUUUGAAUCAAAUCUUUCGGCCGCUUCUCGACGUUGAAAGCUCGCAAAACAUCAAACUUCAGUAUGUUCUUUCCACGGUGUGCUGUUUUGAUGUGGUGACUAGUGAUACCGACGACUACAUCUGGAAAUCAUUCCUCGAACCGCAGUCAACUAUUCCCACCCAAUGGGACUCUACGGCCGAUAAUCCUCCCGUCGCAUACUACAUGUUCUACAUCUACCAAUACCUGAAGGUGCUCAAUCAGAAAAGAAAAAACGGGGGACAGAACACCAUCGCUCUGCGCAACAAUUGUCCGGUCACCGAAAGCCGUGUUUCCCAAUUUUGUAAGGGAUUGAGCAUUACUGAGCAGUUUGAAUCACUCAUCUGCAAUUUUUUGCUGUGUGAGGGAGGGCUUCUUCAAGCCGAGCCACUGUGGCAAGUAUCUCCGUCAAUUCUGUAUUUGUACUAUUUGUUCCAGAUUCCAGUGAUUGUGUCCCCCUUGUCGUCAGUUUCUCUGCUUCUAGAGCAGGGCCACACCCUUAGAAGGGAAAGAGCCCAAAUGGUCAAUAGAGAUGUCACAGCGCCGUCCACCAAAACCUACAGUGGAAAUCCCUUCAUGCAAAUGCACAAAAUGGGGCUCAGAGUAGUUUUGUCGAGCAGUUCUGUUCUCUUCAAUUGCUCUUACACCAUGGAACCCAUUAUCGAAGAAUAUAGCGUCGCUGCGAGUAUUUACCUUCUUACCAGUGCUGAUAUGUGUGAACUCGUGCGCGACAGUGUAUUAACGAGCGGUUACGAAGGCUUUUACAAAGCGCACUGGAAUGGGGUGCGCUUAUCCGAGGCAAGCUUUUUUAGCGAGGAGAUCGGAGCAACUGACGUCUGGUACGAUCAAGAGCCUGAUACGUGCUAUAAGCACAAUGUUCCCAACGCCCGCAGACUAUAUCGCAGGAAUUGUCUUGAUAGAGAAUGGGAAUUUGUUUGCUCCUGA